ACUGGUGUAUUUUAUGUUGUUUUCGUUUAGACAAUGUUUAGUUUGGCUCUUUGGAACAUGUCGCUCUCUUCUGUUUUGUCGAAAACGAAAAUUUAUACUGUUGGCUUUUCUAGGAAUAUGUUUUGUCGUACUUUCUUUUACUGGAUCAAAAACAUUCAGAGAUGACAGCCUUUCCAAAAUACGUAAAAGAUCCGCAAAACCGUAUCAUGGAAAGCGUGUGCAUAUAUCCGCGCAAGAAGUACUCAAUUUUCCUGGUGACUACCAUGCCAAGGGAGUGUUGUCGUUACCUUAUGGAAAUAUAGUUGAACCGUUCGAAGCAUGGUAUUCAGCGAAACACAAAAUGAGCAGGAUCGAUUAUUAUGGGGGCAUGGACCAAACAUAUCAAAAAGAAUUACUCGGUAAACAUGGUUUUGCAUGUAAAGUUGUACCUGAAUAUUCCGAGCGAACCCAAAAGACAUAUCGUGGUUGUUUACAUCGACGAGGAACAAAAAGAUUUCCAGUCAAAGCACAAAGUAUUCUGCCAACAUCUCACUAUUUUAAGUACGUUGGGGACAUGGCGCUGCGUGGUCACAAUGCAGCCAAAUGGCAGCAUAAAUUCAAAGUCUACAGCAAGGUGAAUACUUACAUCCUCUACACAACAAAAACGAAGCCUGUGAAACCUUUGAGAUACGAAAUGAUGGGAUAUGAUACAUUGCUAUCUUCGUACUAUGAUCAUUAUGUCCUAGACUACGAAAUGAUUGAACCUUGGGAUUUUAACUACACGACGUUGCAGAUUCCUACAGAUUUGGAUUGCUUCGAUUUUUCUUCAAAGAGGUUUUCAAACACCGUGGGUGAGCUCAAUCCCAUGGUGGAGUACAUGCCACACACGGGUAAUGGAGCGCCCUUCACCCUCUCGCACAGCACCAACGAUGAUGAUAGCUCAUCUCAAGACGAAAUAUUAUGGAAUCAUGAUGAACAAGAAAGUUAUUAUCCAUAUUUCAACAGAGAUGGAACGGGUCGUAUUUCAAAUGAAAAUGUUGCUGGAUUGAAUAACAUCUUUGCCUAUUCACCUCCCCUAUAUUCUUCCCAAGACAAAAGAACCCAAGAGAGUGAUAGACGUUUUUCAACAAACUACGUUAAUUCAGGCAAACGAGCGCCUUUACCAAGAGAUAAAGCCUUUCCAAUGCAAGAGAACUUAGAAGAAUAUGAAGAUAUAAACAGUCGAAGAGUUACUCAGCAAGAACUACCUUAUGUCACCGGCACAAAAUACGAUCUUGGUAGAGCAGCUACUUCAAGAAAAUCAGUGCAUAAACUUUUUCAAACCCACAAGAAACGCAAAGAAGUCCCCAGAUUUCCUGCGAAGGAAAAUUUUAACAAAAAUCUUGUAAAGCAUUUUUAUAAGUCAAGAAAAGAGAGCAAGCAUACAGAAAUAGCAUACAUAAAUACCGACAGAAAACAUUCCCGGAUUCAAAGGAUAUUUAAUUUCAAAAACGUACGAAGGAAAGUUGGAAGGCAAAAGAAGAAACAAAAACUGCACAAUAGGAAUAAGAUUGGUUGGAAAAAGACAUUUGUUAGCCGGGCAUUACGUCGAAAUUACGAGGAAAUCGUGAAUUUAUUAUUUGAUGCUUUCAAGCUGAUGCAUAAGAAAGAUUAUUCAUCUCAUCACGAACAUGAAACAAGGAAGGAUAUCUACAGACAUAAUUUGAGAUUUAUUAAUUCCCGAAAUCGUAUGCACCUGGGUUACAAACUAAGCUCAAACCAUCUCAUGGAUAUGACUGACGAAGAACUGCACAAACAGAAAGGCUUAUUGCAGGACGAGGGGGAAAAUAUCUCUAAUGGUGGCGUUCCAUUUGAACCGUUGUCAAAUUACUUUCCUCCGUCAGUGGACUGGAGGAAACAGGGCGCUGUGAACUCCGUGAAAAGCCAGGGUAUUUGUGGUUCCUGUUAUGCUUAUGCAGUCACAGGAGCAUUGGAAGGUGCAUUCUUUUUAAAGAAUGGAUAUCUGCCAGAUUUCUCUGAGCAGGAAAUCAUUGAUUGUUCUUGGGGAUUCGGAAAUCGGGGUUGUAAGGGAGGCUAUCCUCACAGAGCUAUGCAAUGGAUUUUAAAACAUGGUGGUUUGGCAAUAGAAGACAAUUAUGGUAAAUACUUAGCACAGGAAGGUUAUUGCCACUUUAGAAACGUCAGCAUUGGUGUUCGUAUAGACUCGUAUAUGAACAUUACGAGAGGAAACGUGACCGAAUUGAAGCAAGCUAUAUCCCAAUAUGGACCCGUGAGCGUGCUAAUUAAUACCCAACCGAAAUCAUUCAAGUUCUACAGCUCUGGGAUUUAUUACGACCCAGAAUGCUCCGGAAACAACCUUGAUCAUGCUGCACUGUUAGUUGGCUACGGUGAAGAAAGAGGUAUUCCCUAUUGGCUCAUAAAGAACUCGUGGUCAAAAGCAUGGGGUGAAUCAGGAUAUAUCAAGAUCGCUCAACGAAAUAAUAAUUGUGGAGUGACAUCUAAAGCUGUUGUUGUUAGGAUUAGAUGACAAUUAAGUCAGUUUUAUGUAUAUAUCACUAUAGAAAAGCAGCACGUUCCAAAUAUAUAUAUAUAAACAAGAUUACA